CCAUCCUCUGCCCUUCUCCGUUUCCACCACCCACCCUAUACAUACACAGAUCUGUAUCUAUAUAUUUCCCCAUCUCUCUCAGUCUCUCUCUCUCUCUAUGUUUAUGUGUGUUUAGAAGAAGUGAAAGGGGAGAGGAAAGAUCACCAAAAGGCAAACAGUUUACAUCUCCCCAUUGUCAGCGCCAUUGACUAAUCUCUGCCGCCAUGAAACAACCUCGUAAAAUUUCGAAGAUUGUUAGAAAAUGGUUGAAUAUACAGAGCAGUGCAGAUGAAUUUCAUUCAGACUACACUAUGAACGAUGUGACAGGUAUGAGUGGAAGGAGAAGGAAGAGUUGCUCAGACGACGGUGGUUGCGUCGUCGUGCCGGAAGAAUUAUCAAGAAGUUGGUCGAUGAAUACUAGUGAUGGAAUUAAACAGCCAAGAUUUGAGGAAGAGGGAUCACAUUUAACAAAGAACCUCAGUAUAUAUAGGAUGUUUGUGGGAACAUGGAAUGUAGGAGGCAAGACACCAUACAAUGGAUCAGACUUGAGGGAAUGGUUAAACACUUCUCCCCCUGCCCACAUCUAUGUCCUUGGGUUCCAGGAAAUUGUCCCUCUAAAUGCAGGCAAUGUGCUAGGGGCAGAGGACAGCGGUCCAGCUGCCAAGUGGCUGUCUUUGAUUCGAGAAACAUUGAACAAUGGCACAACCGACUCAAAUGCUUCUCCUCCUCCUCCUAUCCAGCAAAGAGUCAGCUUCUCGGAUUUGAUUUCAAUAGAAGAUGAAGAAGAAGAUUUUGAGAGAUUUGUUAGCACCAACUCGGUUUGUUUCUCUAGUGAGCAAGUUUCACCCAGUCCCAAUUGCACAAAGCAAAACCAAUAUUGCCUAGUGGCAAGCAAGCAAAUGGUGGGAUUGUUCCUAUGCAUUUGGGUACUUGCUGACUUGCAUCAACGUGUACAAAAUUUAAAGGUUUCAUGUGUUGGCAGAGGUAUCAUGGGAUAUCUCGGCAAUAAGGGAUCAAUCUCAAUUAGCAUGACAUUGCACCAAACAACAUUUUGCUUUGUGUGCACCCACUUGGCCUCGGGGGAGAAAGAGGGCGACGAGGUCAGAAGAAAUUCAGACGUAAUGGAAAUUCUGAGAAGAACACGGUUUAAUCACUUGAGUAGAAUGGGGAGACAAUCAGCUCCUCAUCCUGAUAAAAUCUUGGAUCACGACAAGAUAAUUUGGCUUGGGGAUUUAAACUACCGGCUUGCAUCGGGCAAUGAGGAGGACACAUUUGAGCUGCUAAAAAAGAGUGAUUGGCAAGCACUUCUGGAGAAAGAUCAAUUGAAGAUGGAACAAAAGGCAGGGCGUGUGUUUAAAGGUUGGAAGGAAGGCAGAAUAUACUUCCCUCCAACAUACAAGUAUCUCUCCAAUUCUGAACAUUAUGUUGUCCAAACCUCUGCUCCCUCCAAGCAAAAACAAAGGACACCUGCCUGGUGUGAUAGGAUUUUAUGGAAAGGGGAAGGAUUAAAGCAGAUUUGUUAUGUUCGGGGCGAAUCCAAGUUCUCAGAUCACAGGCCAGUGUAUUCCCUUUUCUUGCUACCCAACGACAUCAAUCGUUAGCUCCCUCCCUCCAUCCCUCGAAGUCUCUAACAAUACACUGCCCUGUCCCCCGGGCAUAUGGCACAGUGGCAAAGGGUGAACCUGAUCAUAGCGGUGCCCCGUGAGGUCACAAGUUCAAUUCCUGGUUGCUGAGUCACACAUCCCACGAUUUACCUCCAGGGCGGGGGCAGUGGAAGCGUUCGUGAUGAGGCAUUACCCAAAAAUACAAUGCCCUGUGAAUAGAUCAUCAACGGUGGCUGCUGAUUCUAAGCUGGAAUUUUUCAGGCUUUUGAGAUAGAAGAUAAAGGUGUGUGUAGUAUACUUCAGUUGUAAAACAAGGGUAGUAUACUUGUUUGUUAUACUAGGUGGGGUAAGGGUGUUCAAGGAGUGAUAUGAUUCUGAUAGCUCAAAGUAUUUAUCAUUGUACCCUGUAGCUUCUUGCAAUUUUGUAGACUUACACAUUUUUUGGUUCUUUGAAUGUAAAAUCAUUUUACAAAA